AAAUUCUAAAUGUUGAAUCAUUUAAUACAAAUUUCGAAAUUUCAAAUUAGUUUGAUAUUUAAUUAGUCGAUUACGUGAAAUAUUUUGCAUGUCAAAAAUUUUCUCGUAAGAAAUCGAGUUGGUAUUGCAAAUGCAUACUGCACAGAACGUACAUGUUAUUAUUAGAUAGUGCUCAGACGGUGUUAUUAUUUAUUUCGUUUUCAAGAUAAAUAUUUUCCGGCGUUUUCUUGUUUAAAUCUGCAGGAGUUUUACAACGGUGACAGUUCUCUCGCGACUCCAAAAAUCUGUAUCACUUAUGGGAGUGUGUUAUUAUUAAUCACGAGUGGGGAAAAAGCGUUUUUUAUGGUCAAUUAUUCAUAGCUGAUUAGCCUUUCCCUCAUAAGAAACAAAAAUAAGCGUCAUUUGAACGGUCAAAUGAUUUAGUACGUGUAAAUAAUAUGGAUGUUCCCAGCGUGUGUAUUGAUACAUUCAUUACAAGAACGCUGAAACGUAACAAAGGAAGUGACUGAAACUUACAUCAUAAAUUGCCGUUUUUUGACUUCUGCUGUAACAAACAUGUCGUCUGCUGGGACUAGAUGUUCAUCAAUGUUUGGAAUUAUUAUAUUCAUAUUAUUUUUUGUUGGCAGUUAUGCUGAUAUAAGCUUUGUAUUGUCUCGGAACGAGGGAACAUGGCAGCAGGCAUCAACUUCUUGUAAAAGUAUACGUGGUUCCCUCGCCAUAUUAGACAAUGUUCAAUUACAACAAGCUUUUGACAGAGAUAUUCAACCAGCCCCGGGGGAGAGCGUCUGGGUAGGACGCUAUAUCGGCUAUUCACAAACGGUAACCAUAGAUGGUUGCUAUAGAAACAUGAGUCUCGUCGUUAAAAGAAGCAAAAUAUUGGUGAAUAAUUAUUUAGUCACGUGCCUACGAGAAUGUCAGGAUACUGCGUACAUAGGUUUGCAGGGCCAGUUUUGUUACUGCGUUGACAACAUUCCGCAACAAGCGGUUUCAGUGCCAGGUGUCUAUUGCAGACGACCGUGUCCCGGUGAAACCUUGGAUAAUUCCGGGUCACAAAUGUCCUGGUGCGGAAGUCAAGAACCCCAGUUUAAUACGGUUUCAAUGUAUAGAAGAUUGAAACCAGGAGAAAUUCAACUGGAUAUGAAUGCCCCUAAUCAAGGAGAAUGCAUUGCAUACAAUGCCAAGGCAGACAAAUGGCUUCCACUAGAUUGCAAUCAGCCGAAGUUGUUCACAUGCGAUAGGUUGCAAUGCACCGCACCCCCAAACAUGUGUGUUCUAGAAAGUAAUGCGCUGAACACGUGGUACCAGGCACGCAUACAAUGCGAAGGAACUACCAGUCGUUUAGCGACCGUGAAUCGGACAACCAACAAUUACUUCAAACAGAAAGUUAUGUUUAACGAUCCAGUUUACUGGACCGCUUUUCAUAGAAAACAAGUUAUCGUUUGGAGUUAUGACUCCAGUCCCAAAGACAUUGAACAAUCAGACAGAUGUUUCGCAGCUAUAAAACAAAAUGGUAAAUGGCAACUAGUUGUUGAUUGGUGCAAAAAGGCACACAAGUACGCAUGCGUACAAGAAAAACAAUCUACGCCUUCACCAACAACCCCGAUGUCGACCAUAUCGCCACAACAAACCACGCCGAGGGUAACACGACCGGCUACACAGCCUACAUCUGCGGGAUCAACAUCUGAAACUCUCCCAACUGUCGAUCCAUUUGCCACGCCUCUCAGUGUAACGGCAUCUGCAGGAAACAAUUUCAUGCGGCUAACGAAUUUAAUGUCUAUUGUUGUUGUACAGUUUGUUGCAUUUUAUCUAAAUAUUCGUUAUUUCAACAUAUUUUGAUCCAUUAAACUUUUAUGUCUCAUCUCUUUAGAAGCAAAAUAUGACCAGUUGUGUAUUAUAUGAUAAUUUAUUUUUGUUAAUAGAUCUACAUGUACUUAUAUCUAAUAUAAACAUUGUGUACAUGACUAUUGUAUGUGUGUAAAUGUUGACAAAUGUAUAUAAAAUAUGUAUAUAUUGUGCUAUAUGAUCUGUGUUAGAUUGCAGAUUUCUUGUGUGUCAAAAUAAA